AUGGGCUUGAACCACUCGAAGAGUCGGAGCCAAGUGACCAAAGUUGCCCCGAUGCCUGACAAAAAGGUAGCUCCGCAGCCUCCGGGCAGUGCGGGCAUAUAUGGAUUCCAGAGUCCUUUGAGAGAGAGGAGUGCCAGCUCCUUCGCUUCUCUGACGGAGAGAACCCCGCUUUCGGAGAGGCAUCUUCCGCCCCUGCGGGAAACCUGGUAUGCAAGAUAUCCUACAGUGCCUGGCCCCUAUCCGCUGGAUCUCAAGACGGAAGAGGGAGAACCGAGCAUCAUCAAACAACAUCCGCCUCGCCGGCCACAAAAGUUGGAGCCUCUCAUCCUGUCAAAAGAUGUCUCUUUGGACAAAUGUUCGAGACGGCUGGCUGGGACCACAGAUUGGACACCAAAGCAGGAGAUGGAGAAGAGGGGUCCGGCCGUUCUGCACCCCCCUGGAAGAAGACGGCAGCACCUUCACAAGAUGAAAAUGCUGGAAAUGCAGCAAGAGGCAGAACGAAAGAGGCGGCUGCGGCAGGAGGCAACGCUCGCUAAGUCAAAAAUGAGGGACUUCGAAGUCAGGCAGACGCUUGGCCGCAGGCAGCAAUAUGACAGCUCGGAUGACGAAGACCUUUUUGCCGUUGAGCGUGACAGAGAUCUUGGGGUUGCUCCUUGGGCGGGACAGAGACUAAAAGGGCAUGGACUACCAGAGGCUCAUAACGGCCAGAUCAGUAAAGUGGAGACGUGGUUGCUGAACCAACAGGCCAGGAGGGAAUCGUUUUGGGAUGCUUCGAGCAUUGACUCAGACAGCUGGAAAGGGUCGGACGAGGGGAAGCUGUCCCGGAGACCAGCAUUAGUGAGAACCAAGACCGAGAGGAUCCAAUUCCUCGAUGACUUCUUUGAUCGACCAUUCUGA